AUGACGGACAUUGCUGAAACCCUGCAAGAUGCAGCGCCUCUUGCUCCACCUGUUGCUCUUCAAACUCGCCAUCAACGCGUGCCAGAUGGAACCAGUCGUGCGAAUACGGUUGUCAAAGCUUUGAUGAACUGGGCAACGUAUGAUGAGGAGGGAGAAGAGAGUUGUCCCCUUUGUUUCGAGACAUAUGCUUCGACCAGAAUAGAUAAUGGCCAGGAUACUCACCCUACUUCUUUGCAACAUGAUCACCAAUCUCCCGAAUUUUCAGUCAUCACGCCUUGUAAGCAUAUAUUUGGAAGUGUCUGUCUUCAAACAUGGCUCAAGACUUCCAAUUCUUGUCCUCUUUGCCGUAGGGAGCUCAUCUCCUACGGAAUCCAAAGAAAUGGAAAUGUUCGAUCGAUCCAGCGUGCUCACUCUACCGGAGCUCUGAUUGAUACCUUCUCCCGUUCAGUAAAUCCCUUACAAGAAGUUGCCCCCACUAUGGACCUCUUUCACUCUACUAGAGACCGAUCAGCAACCUCCAGCAGUGGGAGAGAUAUGACGACAUUCCAACAACAGAGAUGGAAUAUUAGAAUGGGACGAUCAGGAAUCCCAAAUCCUCUCUUCAACGAUCCUAGAAAUGUACCACCUACUCGCGCAGACUCCGCCGAAGAUACACGUGCCAUUCGAGUUCGUUUGCCACCUACUCCCACUACACAUGGUCAUCCCCCUUUAUCCACCACUACCGUGUUUACGACAGAAUAUGUGCGUCGCAGCUAUGAAAGUGUCAAUAUUACCAGUUACGAGUUAAGAAACGAAGCCAGCAAUACCGAUACUCGACAUCCCUACCCCGCUAGACAGCCAGCCAAUCUUCCCUCGGACACAGCAUGGCGCAACUGGGAUUACGUCUCAACCGCGAAUCGUUUAAGAACCAACAUGAACAGGGACAGAAGAAGCACGAGAAACCCUCAUUCAAUAAGUAACGGAGUGGAACUCGCCAUGGGUGUAGGAACCGUAGUUGGGAUGCCCAGAGGAGAGCGAACAGCAGUGCCACCAAGAGGGGAAAAUAGCCCUCCUAUAAGAACGGAGUCGAACAACGAUUAUUCAAUCGCCAGAGCAAUGCAACAGGUUCUGGGUGUUGGGACUGUGGUUGGGAUACCACAGGCAGAAUGGAGGAGCACGGCUUCGUCACCAAGCGAAGCGAGGGGUCACGGUAGGACUAGCGGGGAAACCCAAGCGAGCUCGAGAGGGGUGACUAGGGGAACUAGGCUCAGGGAAACUUCUGUGGAGGAAUAUUUGGCGUCACUACCGGGGAUAGAUAGUAGUAUUUGGGCGCGUUACUCGGGUUGA